AUGAUCCACCCAAGAGAAGUGCUUAAAGCUCAAGCACAGCUGCCCAGGGGUGGAUCAGAUCCGCGUGAUGGCCACGUGUCGUUCUCGCUUCCGCGUCUUCCGAUCAUGGCCGCGUGUCUCCCGGAUUCGAGGCUCGUGCAGCCAUUGCAGAUGCAUGGAGUCCCUGUCGAUGCUCGAGAUGCCUUUCAACCGACUUCUUUGAUGCUGGCAAUAAAACACGAUGACAUCAGCACCGUGAGAGAUCUUCUGAAAGCAAAGGCAAAUGUGAAGGCACAGGAUGGUUUCGGGACCACUCCACUUGCCACAGCAAUUCAACUGGGGCAUCACUACUCCAUGUUUUUGCUUCUGGAAUAUGGAGCGCUAUGUACACUUCAAACAGCAGAUCACCAGGGCAUCCGCCCGCUUCACAUAGCCGCGUCGGUGGGGGAUUUGCUCGUCGUGAAGCUCUUGGUGAAAUUCCAUGGAAAUCCCGUCACCAAAGAUCACUCUGGUCGAUCCGCCCUCGACUUUGCAGCUUUGUCCGGCCAUACAGAUGUUUUGGACUUCUUGAUAAACGUCCUCCAAGAUGGGGACGAAGAUGGCGAUUCUGAUGGUCACCGUCACCGUCUUGCAGGCAAGAGGUCCGUUUCCAGUUGCCAGGACAUGAUGCAAGUUUCUUUAGACUGGCUCAUUCAUCAAGUAAUGUACCCAGAUCCUCUCACGCGCAAGGCUGUGCCGAUCUUUUGUCAUGUCGCAUGUGCGUGUGCAGUUUGGGAGCAUUGGCUUACUUCCCGACCCUUCCGAUGGCUGCAGAUGCCGAAGAUCACCACAUGCUUCGAGUGUUUGUUGCCUGUGGUGUUGGGCUUUGCGCAGUGCAUUAUCCGAAUGGAUCCUGGUGUCAUUCAAAAGCAGAAAGAUUCGGGCAUCAAGGAGCUGAUAUCCAUGCUGGAGAAAGGAGUGUUGCGGGAGAGCUUGCCCAAGACGAGACAGCUUUGCACGAGCACGUGGGUUCUAAAGGGUCUUCGGACCAAGUACUGCAGACAGACAGGCACCUGCAUCGAAGAGUUUGACCACUUCUGCAUUUUGCUGGAUGUUCCCAUUGGCAGAGGCAACCAUCGGCCAUUCCUGCUUUUGAUGUUUUUGGAGGUGGUUGCCCAGCUGAGCCACAGCAUGUUAUGCAUUUGCACCCUCAUCCUGGAAGCACCUCCAGCCGGAAUUCGCGGCGUGGUGACCAAUUGUACACAGCAUCCCAUGGUGGCAUGUCUUUUUGCACUGCAUUGUGCCACCAUUCCAGGCAUCAUGUUUCUGAUCCUUGUCCAAGCUGCUUUGAUCUCGCAGAACCUUACCAUGAAUGAGAUAAUGCACAUGCGAAGGUACGAACAUUUCUGGUCAGCUGAUCAGCGCUUUACAAACCCCUUCAGCAAAGGAAGCGUCGUUCGGAAUUGCUUGGACUUCUGGUGGACGCGCACUCGUGGCAGGCCGAGGUUAGGUGAGCCCCUGACUUCUUUGUAA